UGGGUACAGGGUACAGGGGCUCUGCAGGCUAAUGAGGAGACUCUGCCCAAGGACAGAAGAGGCACAGAAGCCCCAGAAGCUGACAAUUCUCUGAUUCUUUGGAUAAAGACAAGAGGCCAUUAGACCGUGCAACUUCUCCAACACCAGGAAAUCCACACAUUGGAGAGAAAAAUCUGUAUCCGACUAAGAAAAAGCUUUAGUGCAAUGAGCAUUCCCAACUCCCAGAUGGAACUUCCCUCAGUGGCACAACAUGAAUGCCCAGAAUGUGGGAAAACGUUCUCGGAAAAAAACACUUAUUAUUCAUUACAGAGUCCACACUGGGGAGAAACCAUUCAUGUGCACGGAAUGUGGGAAAAGUUUCAGGCAAAAGCAACACCUUACAGAACACCAAUUAUCACACACAGGGGAGAAACCAUUCAUGUGCACGGAAUGUGGGAAAAGUUUCAGGACAAAGCAACAACUUACAGAACACCAAUUAAUUCACACGGGGGAGAAACCAUUCGUGUGCACAGAAUGUGGGAAAAGUUUUAGAGUAAAGCAUAUCCUUACAGAUCACCAGAGACUUCAUACAGGGGAGAAACCCUAUGCAUGUACAGAAUGUGAUAAACAUUUCAAUCAAAGGAGUAGCCUUAUCAAGCACCAGAGGAUUCAUACAGGGGUAAAACCAUUUGUCUGCAUGGAAUGUGGGAAAAGCUUCUCCAACAAGAGCAACUUUCAAGGCCACCAGAGAAUUCACACAGGAGAGAAACCAUUUUCUUGCACAGAAUGUGAGAAAUGUUUCACCACAAAGACCAAGCUUAGCUGCCAUUACAAGAUUCACACAGGGGAGAAACCAUUUUCUUGCACAGAAUGUGGGAAACGUUUCACCACAAAGGCCAAGCUUAGCAGCCAUUACAUGGUUCACACAGGGGAGAAACCCUUUGCUUGUGCAGAUUGUGGGAGACGUUUUGUUUUAAAGGGAAACCUUACCAAACACCAGAGAACUCAUGUGUGAGAGCAACUUUCAUGUGUAGGGAAUUCGGGAAACCUUAUACUGCAAAGUCCAACCAGCAACACCGUCAUCCCCACCGGGGAGAAACCAUUCACUUGCACAGAAUGGGGUUUCCCCAAUAGAAGGUUUCAUCUCCUCCCCCAGAACAUUCAUACAGGGGAAGAGAUACAGUCACUGAUUUCUCCUCCAUAUUCUCCAUUCUCCCAUUCCAACAUUGCCUAUUGGCCAUUGGAGCUGCCAAUCAUAUCUGUAGGUACCAACCCAAACACUAUGGGGUUAUUUGUAUUUAAAAAUAUAUUCCUCAAUAAAUGUAAUGCAAUAUUUCA